GGGGCGGGGCGUCGGCCGUCAAGCGCGCCCGGGUCACGUGGGCGCCCUUGCCGGGCACCCGGGCGCAGCAUGGCCGGGUACCUGCGCGGCCGCGGCCCCGGGGCCCUGGACCUGCUCCGGGCGCUGCCCCGCGUCAGCCUCGCCAACCUCCAGCCGAACCCAGGCUCCCGGAAGCCGGCCCGGCGCCCCCGCGGCCGGAGGCGAGGCCGCAAGUGUGGGCGCGGCCAUAAGGGGGAGCGGCAGAGGGGCACCCGGCCCCGGCUGGGCUUCGAGGGAGGACAGACGCCCUUCUACAUCCGGAUCCCCAAGUACGGGUUCAAUGAAGGCCACAGCUUCCGGCGCCAGUACCAGCCCCUGAGUCUGAGCAGGCUGCAGUACCUCAUCGACCUGGGCCGGGUCGACCCCUCUCAGCCCAUCGACCUGACCCAGCUGGUGAACGGCAGAGGCGUCACCAUCCAGCCCUUCAAGAGGGACUAUGGCGUGCAGCUGGUCGAGGAGGGCGCGGACACCUUCAAGGCCAAGGUCAACAUUGAGGUGCAGUUGGCGUCGGAGCUCGCCAUUGCUGCGGUCGAGAAGAACGGGGGCGUCAUCACCACGGCCUUCUAUGACCCCCGGAGUCUGGAGAUCCUGUGCAAGCCGGUGCCCUUCUUCCUGCGCGGACAGCCCAUCCCCAAGCGCCUGCUGCCCCCCGAGGCCCUGGUCCCCUACUACACGGACGCCAGGCACCGCGGCUACCUGGCCGACCCCGCGGGCUUCCCCGAGGCCAGGCUGGAGCUGGCCAGGAAGUACGGCUACGUCCUCCCCGACAUCACCAGGGACGAGCUCUUCAAGAUGCUCAGCACGCGCAAGGACCCCAGGCAGAUCUUCUUCGGCCUGGCCCCCGGCUGGGUGGUGAACAUGGCCGAGAAGAAGAUCCUGAAGCCCACGGACGAGGAUCUCCUCAAGUACUACAGCUCGUGAGCCCCCCCACCGGGGGGCCGGGCGGGGG